GCUCUCAAAACACCAACGGCUCUCUCUCAUUUUCUGGCUUUAUUGCUUUCUUUCCACGACCCCUCCAAAUAAAAAAUGGCAGAAAAUUGCACCAGGAAGCUGAUUGUUGAAAUCUGCAACGCCAAUAACCUGAUGCCCAAAGAUGGGCAAGGCACAGCUAGUGCUUACGCUAUAGUUGAUUUCGCUGGUCAAAGAAGAAGGACAAAGACCAAGUUCAGAGAUUUGAACCCUGUCUGGGAUGAGAAGCUGGAGUUCCUGGUUCAUGAUAUCGGUUCAAUGGCCUCCGAGAUUUUGGAGAUCAACCUCUACAAUGAUAAGAAAAUUGGGAAAAGAAGCAAUUUUCUCGGGAAAAUCAAGUUGGCUGGCACUGUUUUUGUUAGUGCCGGAGCUGAGAGUCUUGUUUAUUAUUCCUUGGAGAAAAGGAGUGUCUUUUCCCAGGUUAAAGGUGAGAUUGGUGUUAAAAUUUUUUAUGUUGACGAAGAAGCUGCUCCAACGCCGCCGGAGCAGAAAGAAGAGACAGCAGAGGAGAAGCCACCGGAGGAAGAAAAGCCAGCCGAGGAAAACAAAGAGGAAGCACCCAAAGAAGAAGAGAAACCAAACCCACCGCCGCCAGAGAGUAGUAACCCACAAGACGCCGUCGCAGCUUCCACAUCAGAGACGAAUCCAGCGCCGGAAGAGGAGAAUAACCAACCAUUGGCGAAUAAAGAAGAGCCGCCAACAGAGACUGCUAAAUAUAAGGCAGAAACAGGAAAAAGUACUGAACUUAUCAUCAACAACCUCGAACUCCGAUCACUCUCCGGCGACCGUAACCGUAUAGGGUACGAUCUCGUAGACCCUAUGCCAUUUUUAUACGUCAGAGUCGUAAAAGCAAAAGUAGCCAACAAAGAACCGGCUUGUCCUCUUCAUGCCAAGAUAGUCAUCGGCACUCAUAGUAUCAAAACCAAAACCCAAAUCGACAGAGACUGGGACCAAGUUUUCGCAUUUGAUAAAGAGCGAUUGAAUUCAAGUUCUUUAGAAGUUUCAGUUUGGACUGAAGAAGGGAAAAACGAAGAAGCUCCUUCAUCUUUGGCGGAGAGUUGUUUAGGUACGGUGCCGUUUGAUUUGCAAGAAGUGCCGAAAAGGGUUCCGCCGGAUAGUCCGUUAGCUCCUCAAUGGUAUAGUCUUGAAUCCGAAUCCGAAACCGGAAAUGAUGUGAUGGUUGCCGUUUGGGUCGGGACUCAGGCCGACGAAGCCUUCCAGGAAGCUUGGCAGUCGGAUUCGGGUGGGUUAAUACCCGAAACCCGAGCUAAGGUUUACUUGUCUCCAAAGCUUUGGUAUUUGAGACUAACGGUUAUCCAAACCCAAGAUUUGCAGCUUGAUUUGGUAUCCGAAGCUAAGGUUCGGAGUCCUGAGAUCUUUGUUAAGGCUCUGCUUGGGGCUCAACUUUUUAAAACCAGUAGGACUCAAGUUGGGUCAGCUUGGAAUGAGGAUUUGGUUUUUGUGGCGGCUGAGCCAUUUGAGCCGUUUUUGGUGGUCAAAGUUGAAGAUGCGAGUAACGGGCAGUCAGUGGGUGAGGUUAAAAUCCACGUGUCAAGCAUCGAUAGGAGGACAGAUGAUAAAACGGAGGUAAAAUCAAGGUGGUUCAAUUUGAUUGGAGGUGAAAACAAGCCUUAUGCAGGGAGAAUCCACAUCAGAGUGUGUUUAGAAGGUGGGUAUCACGUGCUUGAUGAAGCUGCUCACGUGACCAGCGAUGUUCGAGCCACGGCUAAGCAGCUAACUAAGCCUCCAAUUGGAUUGCUGGAUGUUGGGAUCCGAGGGGCCAACAAUUUGUUACCUGUCAAGACCAAGGAUGGUCCAUGUGGAACGACCGAUGCUUACGUGGUGGCCAAAUAUGGACCCAAGUGGAUUCGUACACGUACGAUCCUUGAUCGAUUUAAUCCUCAUUGGAAUGAGCAAUAUACGUGGGAUGUAUAUGAUCCAUGUACGGUACUUACUAUAGGCGUAUUCGAUAAUGGAAGGUAUAAGGGUGAUAAAGAUGUAAGUAUUGGUAAAGUACGUUUACGGUUAUCGACAUUAGAUACGAACAAGGUGUACCGAAAUUCCUACACCCUCACUGUAUUGUCACCUGAUGGGGCUAAGAAAAUGGGUGAGAUUGAGAUAGCCAUUCGAUUUUGUUGUUCAUCAUGGCUAAGCCUAAUCCAAGCUUAUGGGAGCCCAAUGUUACCAAGAAUGCACCAUGUUAGCCCAUUAGGUCCAACCCAGCAAGACAUACUGCGUUACACGGCUAUGCGCAUAGUGACGGCUAGGUUAGCCAGGUCCGAGCCAGCUUUAGGACAAGAAGUGGUUCAAUUCAUGUUGGAUAGUGAUACACACGUGUGGAGCAUGAGGAGGAGCAAGGCAAAUUGGUUCAGGGUUGUGGGGUGUUUAUCACGUGUGGCAAGUUUGGUACGUUGGUUAGAUGAGAUUCGCACGUGGGUUCACCCUCCGACUACGGUUUUAGUUCAUGGGUUGCUUGUAGCCGCGGUGGUAUGUUCGCAUCUAGUGCUUCCCACUAUAUUCAUGUACGCCUUCUUGAUCCUAACAUUAAGACUUCGUUAUUGUCGACGGAUCCCAUACAACGUGGAGUCGAGACUCUCAUAUGUAGAUGUUGUAAGUCCCAAUGAGCUGGAUGAAGAAUUCGAUGAAUUCCCGACCAAUAAAUCAUCAGAUACUAUACGAAUACGAUACGAUCGUCUACGGGCACUAGCAAGUCGAGUUCAAACAUUGUUAGGUGAUGUAGCAGUCCAAGGGGAGCGUUUAGAGGCAUUGUUUAGUUGGAAGGAUCCAAGAGCUACAGGCAUCCUUUUAGUGUUUUGCCUAUUUGUUUCAUUGUUAUUUUACUUGGUACCAUUGAAGGUGUUAGUGUUAGGCGCAGGAUUUUACUAUAUCCGCCACCCUAGGUUUCGAGACGACAUGCCAUCCAUUCCGAUCAACUUCUUCCGGCGACUACCGUCGCUUUCUGAUCAAAUUAUGUAGACUGAAAAGUUUGACCCUUUGAUUUAUGGCUACUGAAUUUAAUUCUUUAUUCA